CAGUGUGAUUGAAGGGCAGAGUCGGCAGAAGAGCUGCGCAGGUGUCUGGUGCUGAAGAAGAUUACAUAUCAUCCAAAACCACAACAAAAGAGACGGAGAGAGAAAAAAACAAUAAAUAAGAAUCCUCCACCGGACUGAACUUUUGAUGGUACCACAGCUCUGCGCCACAGUCAUGGUCAGCCCCGGGGUCUCUAGCGUGAGCUGUAUCUGGGUGGUGGGUUUGUGCUCGGGGCUCUUGCCUUGGUUGGGUCUGACGAGCCCCAUCCUGCCCCCUGAGGACAACCCUAAAGACAUACAGGACCCUUCUCUGCUGGAGCAGUCCAAGGACAUGGACAUGCAGGAGUUAUUGGGAAACUUCCUCUCCGUGCUGAACCUCACGGAUCGGGGAGGCCCGUGGGCCCCUGGCCCUCCUCGGCCCCCUGCUCCUCGCGUGGAGCCUCCUGAGUACAUGCUGGAGCUGUACAACCGCUUUGCAAACGACCACACGGCCAGGCCCACAGGCAACACAGUGCGCAGUUUCAAGAACGAAGACUCCUCCCCAACCAUUGUGACAAACAAGGGUGUGAGGACACACCCGCUCCUGUUCAACAUCUCCAUUCCCUUUCACGAACGUGUCAUCAACGCCGAGCUUCGCCUCUAUGCACUGGUGCCACAAGAACUCCACUGCCUCUCGAGCGGAAAGCACAGGGUGACCAUAUUUGAGGUUCUAGAGCAGGAGGGACAGUGGAAGGAUGGAGGGGGCCCUGACAAAAGAAGAUCUGAGAAGGUUCCCGUGAAGAGGGAGGAACUUGCUUCAAGGCAGAUCAGUGUCAAGGAGAGUGGGUGGGAGGUGUUUCAGUUGACAGAUGUCGUUCAGCGCUGGAAGGAUUCUGAUCGUCCAACUCAAUACCUGGAGGUCCGCAUAGACAGCUGCGGACCUGAAGGUCAGGCGAACCAGUUCAGGGGUGAUGAUGAGUCAGAGGACUCAGGACUGGCUGAGUUGGACAUUGACCGAGACGUCUCCGGGAAACACAACUCUGUGUUGAUUGUCUUCUCGGACGAUCAGAGCAAAGACCUGGAGGAGAAGCAGGAGAUUGAUGAGUUGAUCGAGCAUGAGUUUGAAUUGCUGGGUGGGAAUGAGCUGUGGACAGACUCAGAGGGCCCUUCGGAGGAGCUCCAGGAUGAGGAGACGCUGAUGCAGAUACGCUCCAACAUGAUAUAUGACAGGGCGCCGCGGGUGCGCCGCGGUGCGGCCGACGAGUACUGCAAGAAGACCCCGCUUUAUGUCGUGUUUAAGGACAUUGGCUGGGAUAGCUUUGUUGUGGCUCCAGAGGGUUACCAAGCCAACGCCUGCCAUGGCCUCUGCCAAUUUCCUCUCACACGUGAAGUCUCACCCACCAAGCACGCUACCAUCCAGGCCCUGGUCAGCCUCAAGUCCCCCAAGAUGGCCUCCGCACCUUGCUGUGUCCCCACAAAGCUGGACCCGAUCUCCCUUCUGUAUAAAGACCAGAAAGGCGUGAUCACUCUCAAACAUAAAUAUGAGGACAUGGUAGUGGCUGAGUGUGGCUGCAGAUAGUUACCAAGAACCAAGCAGCAGCAUGCGGACACAACCAAGUUCAGACUGUUACACCUCUCAAAGCAACAUGAGAUGACAUGAGAUCUGAAGUGCCCAUCUAAACUCACCAUGCAAGGACCCACCGCAAGAUUCAACACAGCCAUUUUUCGAUUGUUAACAUGGAUCAUACAAGCAAUUUGAUAAAUAGACAUGAGUGUUUCUGCAAUAGUGGUAGAUACUUCUGCAUAGUUGCCUUAUUCACACAUGGCUUCAUGGGCAGGAUACCACAGGCUCUGAGCACAGUUGAGCAGAUGCUUGGAGUUGUAAUGGAGGCUAAACGGGAGGAAUGGACUUUACCAGCUUCUUAUUAAUGUAUAUUUACAAUUUGUAAAUUGUGAGUUGUAUUUUAUAUUAUAUGAAACAAACGCUUUAUGAUGUAGACUGCAAUGCUGUCAAUAUUUUAUCAUUUCUAAAUAAAUGGAAAAUGAAUUGCA